ACUCGACCGCCGUAUCUUGUGGCGAGCGCACAGAUCGACGUAGCGCUCAGGCAUGGCACUCAAACUGCUAAUACUCCUCGCGUUCUGCCAAGCGAUAACCGCCCUAAAGUACCCGUGCACAAACCACAAAACGAUAGCGUUACUAAAACGACCAACUUACGACUUUUCGAUCGGAAUCCUCCAAAGAGUCGCCGAGGAGACGAAUGACAAUUUCGUGUUUUCGCCUCUCUCCAACUGGCUGCAGCUGAUCGCGCUCUCCGAGGGCGCCAAAGGACGGACUCUGAAGGAACUAUGGCGCGUCACCCGAUUCCACAUGAGGAACUGUUUCAAACGCGAACUAGGGAAGAUCAUGAGAAACAUCGAGACAGAUCUGAAAUUCGAAACGAAAGAAACAAAUGUCAUCGUCAUCGACAAGCUGAUGAAUGUGAAACGAAAAUUCCUGCGCAACAUAAAACAGUUGUACGGAGUUAAAGCUGCACUAUUAGAUUUCAACAGUCCAGAGAAGUCGGCGAUCAAAGCCAACAAAAUGAUCGAGCAGGCCACGAACGGGAAGAUAUCCGAAGCCUUUUAUUACGACGACUUCCUGAGCACAGUGCUGUUAAUGAGUGACGCUAAAUACUUCGAUUCCUUCUGGAAGAGCCCGUUUAACGCGGCCUACACGAGAAUGGAGCCCUUUUAUUCAAAAAACGGCUUGAAGAUCGGUGAAGUGGCCAUGAUGAAUCAAAUAGGCUACUUCAACAUUACUUAUUUCCCUCUGAUCAAAGCUGACGUGCUCGAGCUUCCUCUGUCUGCGGGCCAGUACUCCAUGCUGAUAUUCCUACCCGAAAAAAACACGUGGGUCAAGGAGAUAUUUUACUCACUGGAAGCGACAAGGUUGACGUCUCUGUUCAAUGUUUACAAGAACGAAGGCCUCAAAUUAGUCAAUGUAAAGCUACCUAAGUUCAAAAUUAGCACCGAAAUUGAGAAUCUACCUGAGUUGCUCGUUGAUAUGGGCAUAGAGAGAAUCUUUAGCCCGGAUUCGGCUGAGUUUGGGGGCAUCAGUGACUACAAAAUCUAUGCGUCCUUGAUGACGCAAAUCUGUGAGAUUUCCGUGACCGAGAAAGGUGUUAAGGCUCAUGGAACCGCCGAGUUCAUCAUCAGUGGAAAUGAGACAUUAAUGUUUAAUGCGAACCGGCCCUUCGCUUAUAUGAUAGUGGAAAGGAAAACUGAAUUCAUUUUGUUUUCCGGCACGUACGCUGUGCCUUAUUCAUAAAAUUGUCGUGUGGUAAAAAUGUACAACUUGUGUGUUAACAACUAAAGUUUAUUUUAAAAGUCGUUUAUUCCGAACGCUCGGUUUAUUUGUAUGUUAUUGUUGCGUAAAUCUAGUGUUGGACUGUAAGUAUUAUUUUUUUGUUACUAUA